GGAGAGGGAACAAGAGAACACAAAAGAUUCAUAAAACUAAAGCAGUUGUGGAAGACAGCACAGGUUCCUCAUAAAAGCUCAAACUCUGACAAGUUGAAAGAAUGGGCGGCCUUCCAGUGGUCCUGCUCCUCUGCAGUUUCCACGCGCUCACAGCUGUAGCCCAAGACCAGCAGACCGAGAGUACUGAUGCACUUGGGAGCCUUUUGCCGGACAACUGUAGGGAGGAGAUGUAUCCUUGCACCAGGAUGUACUCGGUCCACCGGCCCAUCAAGAGAUGUAUCGGUGCUCUUUGUCUCUACAGCCUUUCUCGUGUCUACGUGAUCAACAACGAGGUCUGUACGAGGACCGUGUGCGAGCAGGACGAGCAUCGGAAAGCCGAACUGUGCAGAGAGUUGUCCGGGUGGCCCAGGCGUGUUGAGAGGUCAUCUAAUAGGAAACGCUGUCGCAAUCGCCAUAGCAACCCCAAAACCUGGGCAAACAAGGCCUGAUGGGGCCCAGGAUGGAGAU